AUGCAUUUAUUGGCAUUCCUUACGCCAGACCUCCGCUUGGAGUCAACAGGUUUAGGUGGAUUACAACGGGAAUGUCUAUUAAUUCUCCAACAGAUUCCUCAGCCAAUGGACGCCUGGAAAGUGGAGAAGGAUGUGACCAACAAUCGGGUGAUGUGUCCACAAGUUUAUCAACGAUUUUACUUCGACUCUAUUCAACCCAUUCGUGAGGACGAAGACUGUCUGUAUUUAAAUGUUUUCGUUCCCCUCUCCACUAGACCUGUGAAUGGUUUUCCAGUUAUGGUGUAUAUACACGGCGGACAGUUUCAAUUCAGUGGCAAAGAUUUUUACCCGCCUCACUAUUUGCUCGAUAAUGACAUCAUUUUAGUUACAAUAAACUAUCGCUUAGGAGUUUUGGGUCCUACUGGCGACGACUCCAGUGCCGGAAAUUUUGGAAUUCACGACCAAAUCGAAGCACUCAAAUGGGUUUCAAUUAAUAUUCAAGGGUUUGGAGGGAAUGCACAGAAUAUUACAAUCUUUGGUCACGAUUCCGGUGCUAUUUCUGCCUCUAUAUUACUGGUGUCACCAAAAUCUUGGGGCCUUUUUCACAAUACAAUGAUAAUGAGUGGAUCCAUAUUCACACCAAAUGCUGUAAAGUUACCCGAUGUUAAAAUGGCUCUAGAUUUUGGAGAAGUCGUAAAUUGUAACUUAAAAUAUUCACUAAUUGAUCAAAACGUCCAGAAUUUGUCUCAAAAACUAGUAAAUUGUUUGCGAACCAAAUCAGUGGAUGAGUUAAUGGUUGCCAACCGACUGCCGGGACUCUAUCCAAAUGACUUCCAGUUUAAUUUCGGUCCAGUGAUUGACAGCAAUGUCUCGAUGCCUUUAAUUGGUGAUCAACCCAUCAAUAUAUUCAGAGCCGGCAACUACUGGAAGACACCACUAGUGGGUGGGCUCACAAUGGCUGAGGGAUCACUUGAUUACUACACUCAUUACGAUAGGAUUAAGGAUUGGAAAAUUAGACCUGUGAAUGGUUUUCCAGUUAUGGUGUAUAUACACGGCGGACAGUUUCAAUUCAGUGGCAAAGAUUUUUACCCGCCUCACUAUUUGCUCGAUAAUGACAUCAUUUUAGUUACAAUAAACUAUCGCUUAGGAGUUUUGGGUCCUACUGGCGACGACUCCAGUGCCGGAAAUUUUGGAAUUCACGACCAAAUCGAAGCACUCAAAUGGGUUUCAAUUAAUAUUCAAGGGUUUGGAGGGAAUGCACAGAAUAUUACAAUCUUUGGUCACGAUUCCGGUGCUAUUUCUGCCUCUAUAUUACUGGUGUCACCAAAAUCUUGGGGCCUUUUUCACAAUACAAUGAUAAUGAGUGGAUCCAUAUUCACACCAAAUGCUGUAAAGUUACCCGAUGUUAAAAUGGCUCUAGAUUUUGGAGAAGUCGUAAAUUGUAACUUAAAAUAUUCACUAAUUGAUCAAAACGUCCAGAAUUUGUCUCAAAAACUAGUAAAUUGUUUGCGAACCAAAUCAGUGGAUGAGUUAAUGGUUGCCAACCGACUGCCGGGACUCUAUCCAAAUGACUUCCAGUUUAAUUUCGGUCCAGUGAUCGACAGCAAUGUCUCGAUGCCUUUAAUUGGUGAUCAACCCAUCAAUAUAUUCAGAGCCGGCAACUACUGGAAGACACCACUAGUGGGUGGGCUCACAAUGGCUGAGGGAUCACUUGAUUACUACACUCAUUACGAUAGGAUUAAGGAUUGGGAUGACAUUUCAUUAAUUGAUGCAUUGGGAGACUUUAUGUAUAGUUCAGCCGUCACUUUACUACUGGAUUUGCAUUCAAAGGUCUCGAAGCAAACUUAUCUCUAUGUUCUCGAUCACCAGGGAAUCAAAACUUUUGGCACAAUUCAAAGAAAUUCAUCGCAAAUCAUACAUCGAAACCAAUACGGAGUGACACAUAUGGAUGAUAUCUUCUAUCUGUUCCCAACCCUAUACGGAGAGAACACCACCUCUUCUUAUGACGACACUGUCAUCAGAAAUAUGUGUCAAUUCUUCGCACACUUUGCAAAAUACGGACGUUUUGGGCAAAACAACGCUCUUAUUAAUUACCAAAUGUUUGGCAACUAUUGGGUCCCAUAUUCGCCACAAAAUCCUAAUUAUCUGAAGUAUUCCCAAAGCAAUACUCUUAUGAUGUAUAGCAAUGACAAGGAAUGGCAGUUCCUGUUAGACAUCAAUGAAACUAAUUCUGCGAUUCAUAUGAAUGAGAGGACAGUCAGGAAUUUGUCACCAAAUGUCAAAAUACUAUUCAGUCUUUGGAACAACACUUUUAAGUCAAACUCUUCGGUCAACUGUAGUGUCGAUAACGAUGACGGGUGUAUUAAACCAAAGUUUGUCAACCAAUUAAAAGACUUUGUCGACGGUUCAGUCGAUGGCAUUACUGAGUAUAGAGUGGGCAAACAUAGCGGUCACCUAUUGUGUAAUCCAAGUAAAGUCAACCCCAUCGCCAGAAACUGCUAUAACACUGAAGUAGGAUACGCACGACUCAUGAGAACACCCAAUAAAAAGCAAAACAAUACCAAAACAAUGACUAAAAAGUUCUUCAAUUCUGAUUCAAACUCCUCUAACAAACCCGGGAUAUCAGGAGGACAGAGAAAUGCAUCAUAUUUUGGAAGUGAUUUCCAAAUGAAUAAGAAGUGGCAAAAAUCCAAAGACAUAUACAGUGAGCGCCGAAAAACUACAGCCGAUGAAGAGGCGUCUCUCAUCUACAAAGAGGUGUAA